UCCCACAGGCCGUGUGGCACAGCCAAAAAAAAUUAAAAUUUAAAUACUUAAAAAAUAAAUACUUAAAAAUUUAAAAAUACAUAUAUAGUGAGAACCCGUGGGAGUAAUGUAAGUAGGGCAGGUGUCCCCAACCCCCAGGCCGAAGACUGGUACCCAUCUGUGGAAAAAUUGUCUUCCACGAAACCAGUCCCUGGUGCCAAAAAGGUUGGGGACCACUGAAGUAGGGGACUUGCUAGCUGUCAAGGGCUCUACAAUCCUUUCUCUGAGUCCAUGUGAUUCCUUUGGACGAAGGAACUGGGGAGUGAGGGAGGAUGUGGCCUUGUGGAGGAAGGGCAGGGUGCAGAGAUGGCAGCAGGGCCAGGGGCGGUGAUGGGGCUGGCGUCAGACAGGUUGGGGCUGCCCACUUCCUUCCCUGGGUGGGGAUGGAAGGUCAGAGGGAGGCUCCUGGCACCUGGGGUGCAGGAAUCUCUGGCAUGUGGCCCUGAGCCCUUGUUUCCAGAGAUCAGCCCUCCUCCCCAGGGCUGGGAGGCUGGGUGGGACCCAAAUUCAGACAUGGGCCUCUGGGGUGACCUGGCCUGCAUCUUGGGGGUCCAAUGACCUCUCUCGCUCAGCUCCAGCGGCCCUGCUCCUGCCCUCCUAACUGGCCCUGGCCUGCCCCACACCGGAGCCCUGCCCAGCUCCCUCCCCGUGGUGGGCUGGGCUGGGAGGAGGAGUGAGGGUGAACUUACAUUUUCAGGUCUUUCAAGCCGUCGGCCAGGGGGCAGCCUGACUAACCAGCUCCUCCAGGCCCACGGUGUUGGGGGAGGGGGUGAGGCCGAGCCCCAGGCUGUGGAUGCGUGGGUGCUCUGCAGGCCAUCAUGGGGCUCCCCUGGAGGCAGCUGCGCCCUUGUCUGCUGCUCCUCGUGGUGCUGGUGUGGCCCCAGCCCUGCACGAGCCUGGGUGAGUGGGGGUCCCGGGAUGGGUGCCCCUGGCCAGAUCCAAGGGGCUGGGGCACCUGCCGGGACCCUGGGAGCCCGCCCCCUCUGAUUGGGAGAGGCAGCCCCAGGGGCAGUGGGCCCUGGGCCCUCACCCCUAUCUCCACGGCCGCAGAGCUCAUCCCCUACACGCCGCGGAUAACAGCCUGGGACCUGGAAGGGAAGGUCACGGCCACCACGUUUUCCCUGGAGCAGCCGCGCUGUGUCCUGGAAGGGCACGCCAGUGCUGCCAGCACCGUCUGGCUGGUGGUGGCCUUCAGCAACGCCUCCAGGGACUUCCAGAGUCCCCAGACACUGGCUGAGAUCCCAGCCUCCCCGAGGCUGCCGACGGAUGGCCACUACAUGACGCUGCCCCUGACCCUGGAUCAGCUGCCCUGUGAGGACCCAGUGGGUGGCAGGGGGGCCGCCCCGGUGCUUAGGGUGGGCAAUGACGCCGGCUGCCUUGCUGACCUCCAGCAGCCACCGUACUGCAACGCCCCCCUCCCCGGCCCUGGACCUUACAGGGUGAAGUUCCUCCUGAUGGACUCCAAGGGCUCACCCCAGGCCCAGACGAGGUGGUCCGACCCCAUCACUCUCCGCCAAGGGAAGUCCCCAGGCUCCAUUGACACGUGGCCAGGCCGGCGAAGUGGCGACAUGAUUGUCAUUACCUCCAUUCUCUCUUCUCUGGCCGGUCUCCUGCUCCUGGCCUUCCUGGCAGCCUCCAGCGUGCGCUUCUCCAGCCUGUGGUGGCCGGAGGAGGCCCCAGAGCAGCUGCGAACCGGCUCCUUCAUGGGGACGCGUUACAUGACCCACCACAUCCCACCCAGUGAGGCUGCCAUGCUGCCCGUGGGCUGCGAGCCUGGCCUGGAACCCCUCCCCAGCCUCAGCCCCUAGCCUGGCCCAUACAGCUGGGGCUGGGGCAGUGGGGGACCUGCACCUACGUGCCCCUCCCCCAUCGCACCUCCCCACCCUGCCUGAAAUCCAUCCCACCACCAGCAGCCCUGCCUUGGGCUUUCCCAGUUCCCCAGCUCCAGGCAGUGAAGUUGCACUCAGGGGAGGGCUGUGGUCAGGCUGGGCAUCCAGCCUCCGCCUCCAUCUGCCUCAGUUCUGCCUGCCUCGAGUGAGGCUGAAAGGUGACAUGGAGAGACCGCCCUGACAGGAAGCUUCCAGGCCCCAGGAGGAGGCCUGCAGGGGGCCUUGUCUGCCCUGUGCAGGGGGCUGGGCUGGGCCCAUCCUGGGGUAUAUGAGGCCUCCCUCUGCCCCUCUGUCCCAUCCACCAGCGGCUGGGGCUGCAGUGGAGCCUUUAGAGGUUCUUCCAUUUUCCCUGGACGGGGGCCCUUUCUGAGGGUGGCACUCACCAGCUGUAAGGUCUGACAGUGUAGAUACACGUUAUGACUUUCCGGCCACCACUCCUAACCCCCGUGCACACGCUGAUGGCUCACACACUUAUCCACUCACUGUCACACCACAGACAUUUACUGAGCUCCUGCUGCAUGCCCUGCACAGUGUCGGACGUGGGCCCUCACGCAGAGCCCGGAGCUGCUCUUGGGAGCUCGCUCACUGCUCUGAGCCUCAGAUGACCACGUGUCCUGAUGUGACCUGUUACUAUUGGGAGGCUAUCACUCCCUCACAUUGUCACAUACCCUUGGGCUCACACUCCUCAGACGAUCACCCCAAUGGACUCUCUGGGGUCCGAGAGCCCCCAUCACCCAGGAGGAUACACUUAACUCAGCAGUGUCCGUCCGCCCGCCCGCCAGGCCGGUGGUUCCCACUAUGGCCACAAGGGGGCGCCAGUCCAACGCAGCCGCAGGGUCCUGCGCUUGCGCACUCCUAUGAACUGCUGCGAAUCCCGCCGCUUGACCCGAUGUCGUAGAGAUACCGCCACUCAGGGGGGUCUCUGGAGGUCAGGGCUCCAGGUCCCACCUCGGCCAAGCCGGAGGGAUGAGCAGUCACGCUCUCGCUUGAGGAUCUACGAUGUGUCGUCUGAUCCGCACAGCCGCCACCGUUUUCUGGACGGAAAAACUGAGGCUCAGUACCCUCCCCGCCGCGCACUGUCCACUGUCACCGCACCCCGUGUCCCUGGACCCAAUCCCGGCCCCUCUAGUCUGACCGCGGCUCCCAGCAGGCAGGCCCCCCGAGGAGGGUGGCCAGCGGGGGCCCCUGCUUUUUGGAUAUGAAUAAAUGCAGUCUGGCUCCUCCAUCCUAGCAGUGCCUGUGCUGGUUCUGGAAGAGGAGAAUUUAUACGCAGGGCCCAGCCUGGCCCCGACACCAGACCCGGGGCUGCCCUGAGCCUAUGCCCUUGAUCGCCAGCCCUAACUAUACAUUGAGGGU